UUCUACACGAUUAGCGAACAGCAAGUUUUUUUUUUGCAGCCAGAGGCAACGUAGUGAUUGGCAUUUGAACUUAAAAACUCAGACGUCGCCUAGCUAUAUAAACUUGAGCAAUUUAUAUUGCGUACUUUUGAGCUGUAUGAAAAACCUGAAUUUCAAUCGUAGAAAUGCAACUUUGUGGAGCGUCAUUGCUUUGCUUACUGCUGCAUCUUGCUAUAACAUACCAAGACGCUUCGGCACAAGCUGACGAAUGCGCAAGAGAACGAGGUCAACAUUGUCAUAAAUGGGCCCAAUGUGAAAGGAGACAAGAAGAUCCUCGACCUCGAUGUUAUUGUUCACCUGGCUUCCGCGGAGAUGGACAAAAUUGUCAUCGCGAUAACAUUGAAAACCAACAAGGAGGUCAAGGAGGGAAGUGCAGCCAACCUGGUAACAUAGAGCAUGGAAGUUAUAGAUUAAGUGACGGAUCACUGAAAUCGGGGACAGUGAUAACGUAUGAAUGUCAUGGUCAAUACAAACUGCAGGGAAAUGAUAAACGCACUUGCCAGCAACAUGGUCAAUGGUCAGGAACUCCUCCUCAAUGCGUAGGCACUCAGGGACGAACAGGCGGCGGGACGAAAUGUCAAAGGCCACAAAAUCUUGAGCAAGGUACAAUGUCCGGCGGUGGAAACUAUGGGAUCAACAGCAGGGUUUCGUACACGUGCAACGAGGGCUUGAGAUUAGUAGGAGAUUCAGAACGAACUUGCCUGCCCAGUGGUCAAUGGUCAGGAACACACCCAAGAUGUGAAAAAGCAACUGACUGCGAACGAGAACACGGAAAACAUUGCCAUAGAUGGGCACAGUGCGAACGAAGACAAGAAGAUAAAAAACCACGUUGCUACUGUUCGCCAGGGUAUGAUGGAGACGGGUAUAAUUGCCAUCAACGACCAAGAGACGAAUGUGAAAAACGAAAUCAUCAUCGAUGUCACAAACAUGCCGAUUGCGUCAGAAUAACAGACAAGAAGUACGAAUGCAAAUGUAGAGAUGGAUACACCGGCGAUGGAACAUUUUGUCAGAGCAAAGGUUGUGAGCGGCCUACCGGUUUAACAAAUGGCAAACUAUUAUCUGAUCAACAAAGUUACGUCCGAGGCAAUGUCGUGACAUAUCAGUGCAUAAGAGGUUACAAGUUAAUGGGGAAUGAGCAAAGAACUUGUGGAGAUAACGGACGGUGGUCUGGAACUCAGCCACGAUGCGAGAAAAUGCAAGCUAUGCAACCAAUGAAAAAAACUUGUACCCGUCCUCAGGACAUACAGGACGGUACACUUACUGCAAGUGAUUGGACAUUUAAGACAGGGAGUACCGUUUCAUAUGAGUGUAGAAAACCGUUUAAACUGAUCGGCAACUCGCAACGAACGUGUCAAGAAAACGGAAGAUGGUCUGGAAGCUCUCCAACAUGUCAAAGACCUAAAGGACAAAAGCGCACUCGAAAAUGUCAAAGACCACAAGAUAUUCCUCAUGCAAACAUGCAGACGAGCGAUUGGAAUUUUAAACCGAGAACUACUGUGACGUAUCGAUGCAGGGAUCCUUACAUGCUGAUAGGGAAUUCCCAGAUAACAUGUCAGCCAAAUGGGAAAUGGAGCGGCCAAGUGCCUAGAUGUGAAGGUCCCCCAAAGAAGAAAAAUUGUGAAAAACCACCGAGACUUUCGAAAGGGAAAGUGACGACAAGUGACAAACAAUACAAAGUUGGAACUGUCGUAACAUAUACUUGCUUCAAAGGGCACAAAAUCACUGGGCCAUCUCAACGUACUUGUCAAAAUAAUGGAAAAUGGUCUGGUUCACAGCCUAGAUGUGACAAAAUUCAACGUCGUCCGAAAGACAAAUGUCAAAAUCGAUGUCAUGAUAAAGCGGAUUGCAGAGUAGAAAAUAAUCAGGGUAAAUGUCAAUGCAGAGAUCAAUAUUUUGGUGACGGAUUUAAUUGCAGAGCUUGUGAAGGAGGUCAGGUCUACAACAACUGCGCUUCUAAGUGUCCCGCAACAUGCGAUAACCCGUCACCAGUUUGUGACAAAAGCUGUGAUCAGAGCAACAAAUGCCAAUGUCCACAAGGAAAAGUCCUGAAGAGUUCAUCGGAGAAAACAUGCGUCGAUUUGACCCAAUGUAGGAAGUGAUCACAUAAAUUGAUCACAAACUCCGACAAUAAUCCCCCGUGAUGAACAUUAAAUAAUAUCGUUAUUCAAAUAGACUUUGAAAACUUUUUCAGUUUCAUCAUAAAAUCUUGCCGACAAUUCAUCUGCUUUUAAACGAAUAUCUUUUUCAACUUAGUUAGAAAGAUGCAUUUUGAAAUUCAAAAUUACUGGCUUAGUUAUCCAACUUCAAGAAAUCAUGUAUUCAAAUUAUGCGUAUAAUUUCCGCGUAUGUUGAUAUCUAUUGGAAUAUAUUUCAAAUAAAUUACAUCACUUAA